GCAUCCUGCGUCACGUGGGACCCGCCCUGCGAGGGCCGGGUCACGGCGUGUUACAAGGUCCCGGCAGCCUUCGUGGAGCUGGAUUUCCGCGGUUGUGUAAGGAGGUGUCGCAGCGGUGACAUCCCUGCUGCGCUGCGUGGGGUCUCGGGCUGGGCGAUGGCCGGCCAGUGCCCGAGCCGUGGCGCGCUGUCGGCGCACACGCUGCUGUUCGACCUGCCGCCGGUGCUGCUGGGCGAGCUGUGCGCGAUCCUGGACAGCUGUGACGGUCCACUGGGCUGGCGCGGCCUGGCGGAGCGACUUUCUAACAGCUGGCUGGAUGUCCGUCAUAUCGAAAAAUACGUAGAUCAAGGUAAAAGUGGAACAAGAGAAUUGCUAUGGUCCUGGGCACAGAAAAACAAGACCAUUGGCGACCUUUUAGAGAUUCUCCAGGAGAUGGGGCAUCAACGAGCUAUCCAUUUAAUCACGACCUAUGGAACAAGUGCCAAUCCUUCGGCGCCUCGCCACAGGGAGCUUCAAUUUCCCAACGCAUUGCCCAACGCAGAGCAUGAACCAACCAAUGUCACAGCGGAUAAUGUUCUUGUUCCUGAACAUAAUGAAAAAGGAAUACUGCACAAACCCUCUAUCAGCUUCCAAAAUAUCAUAGAAGGAACCAACCAUUUCCACAAAGACUUCCUAAUCGGAGAAGGGGAGAUAUUUGAAGUAUACAAAGUGGAGAUUCAAAACCAAACAUAUGCUGUUAAAUUAUUUAAACAGGAGAAAAAAAUGCUGUUUAAGAAGCACUGGAAGAGAUUUCUAUCAGAACUGGAAGUUUUACUCCUGUUCCGUCAUCCCCACAUACUAGAGUUGGCUGCAUAUUUCACCGAAAUGGAGAAGCUCUGCCUGGUUCAUCCGUAUAUGAGUAACGGGACGCUUUUUGACAGACUACAGUGUACAAAUAAUACGGCCCCACUUUCCUGGCACAUCCGAAUCGGUGUAUUAAUAGGAAUAUCCAAAGCCAUACGAUACUUGCACAACACUCAGCCAUGCUCAGUCAUUUGUGGCAAUAUUUCCAGUGCAAACAUACUUCUGGAUGAUGAGUUCCAGCCCAAACUAACUGAUUUUGCCAUGGCACACUUCCGAUCCCACCUAGAACAUCAGAGUGCUACCAUAAAUAUGACCGGCAGCGGCAGGAAACAUCUGUGGUACUUGCCAGAAGAAUUCAUCAGACAGGGAAGACUUUCUGUUAAAACUGAUGUCUACAGCUUUGGAAUUGUGAUCAUGGAAGUUUUGACAGGCUGUAAAGUGGUGCUGGAUGACCCCAAGCACAUUCAGCUGCGGGAUCUCCUCGUGGAACUGAUGGAGAAGAGAGACCUCGAUUCAUGUCUGUCAUUUCUAGACAGGAAAAUACACUCCUGUCCUAGAAACUUCUCUGCCAAGCUCUUCUCGCUGGCGAGCCAGUGUGCAGCAACUCGGGCCAAGUUAAGACCUACAAUGGAUGAGGUCCUGAACACCCUGGAGAGCACACAGCCUAGCUUGUAUUUUGCGGACGACCCUCCCACAUCUCUGAAGUCCUUCAGGUGCCCUUCUCCUCUCUUCUUGGACAAUAUCCCAAGUAUCCCAGUAGAAGAUGAUGAAAACCAGAAUAAUCAUGCAGUGCCUCACAAAGAAGCUUUGAGGACAGAGAGAGUGCCUCAGAAAAUCCCCUUCGAGUGCAGUCAGUCUGAGGUUACCUUUCUGGGCUUGGACAGAAACACAGGGAGCAAGAGAAGUGAAGCUGUUUGCAAUGUUCCCAGUUACUCUUGUGAAGAAUGUUGGCCUCCAGGGCUUGAAGCAGCAUCACAGGACUUAAGACCUACCGAGAUUACGUUGGGCUCCUCUUGGGAAGUCCCAGGCCAUUCUUAUGGGAGCAAACCAAUGGAAAAGAGGUGCCCCUCUGGACUCUACUGCAGUGAAUAUGAACAAUCCGAAAAGCAGUGAACUCACCAGAAGAUAAAGAAAAAAAAGGCAAAUGUCACUGAAGGCUGAAUAAUGUCACCAUGAAAGGAUACAUGUUCCAUGAGUAAGGCCAAGGGAGCUACUGACGGCGAAUUUGUGUAUUAUAGAUAAGCAGCCAGGCAGUUCUGUUCCUUCCUUUCCAUUCCCCCAAGCUUAAUGACUUAAAGAAAUAUGUUAUCAGGGUGAUGUAGGUGGACUUUUCUGUUCUGCCAGCCACUCCCAAAUAACCACACAGAGACUUAAUAUUGAUUAUGACAAUAACUCAGGCUUGUUAUUAGCUAACUCUCACAUUUUAAAUUAACCCCUAUUUCUUAUCUACCCUCUGUCAUGUGGGGUUACCUUCUUUCAACAUGACACAUUCAUCUUGCUUCUCUUUGUGUCUGCUCAAGACUCCCUUCUUCUUCCCAUCAUCCUUUGGGUGUAGUUUUCCCUACUAUAUGGCCUGCCUAGCUACCUGCUGGUCAGUUCUUUUACUAAAUCAAUCAGAAGAUAUCUUGGCAAAGACACAUCUUCACAGUGUACAAAAAGAUUAUCCCACAACAGGGUGACUGCCUCUCAGUCAAGCCCAAGCUAAAUUAGAACCAUUCCGAGUUAUCCACAACGCUGGGUUCUGACAAUCAGAGCCAAGCAAAGAGUGACAGGAUCCUCAAGUCUCUCUAUCACCAGCCCAUUGAGACCUCAGUGUUGCUAAGCCAAGAACCACCCACAUCCCAGAACCAGGCACACAUCCCUCCAACCCGCCUUCAGGGACCCAAUGCCAAUGGCCGUGUCGUUAUAGCCCCAAAUGCAACACUUUUCCACUGUCAGUUCUCCCAAUGCACACGCUCCAUAUCCUUUAUAAAGCCCUAGUCUUCAUAGCCUGUGUCUUCCUUUUCCACCCUCACUGAGAGAUAGCCUUUUGUACCCCCCCACCAAUAAAUCUCUUACAUGAGGUCUGUUGCAUGAUGUGACUUUGUGGCAUCCCAUGGUGCUCCCAUUACUACGGAAAAACAAACAAACAAACAAACAAACAAAAAACUAUCAGUGCCCAUCUUUCUACUAGGGUCAGCCCUUUGGAUUUCGUUGGCUUCCCUUGGUCAUAGGAAGUGCUAGAAAUGUUGUAGGAAAUGUCUAAUUCGUAAACAUUAAUGGAUGCCUUUUCAAAGAACUGUCUUUUCACUGUGAUUGGCAGUUCCUAGUCUUUUGUUUAUCACUGGUUAACCUGCCUGUCUGGAAGGGAGUCGAGUUCAGUCUUGGUCAGGCACGUUCUGUGGGGAGAGUGAAUUCUGGUCCAAAGCCUGCAUCUCUGUAUCUAAACUCUUAGGAGAGUUUCC